AUGGUAUUCACCGUCCGCCAACUGCACGAGAAAUUUAAGGAAAUGGAUCCAUCUCUACUCUACCUUUGUGAAUGUGACGAUACGGUGAAUCGUGAAGGACUGGGAAAGAUCAUGCAGAAAUUUGGCUGUCCCGAAGGAUUUACUACUCAAAAGCUGCGUCAACUCCACGAUGGCAUCAUGACGCGAGUCACGGACAAUGGAGCCGUUUCAGAGGUACUUGCUUUUACCAAUGGAGUGAAGCAGAGCUGCGUCCUCGCGCCUACCCUCUUCAGUCUCGUGUUCUCUUCCAGGCUAAAGGAAGUCUACCGUGAAGACUGUUUCUGGAUUCGCGCCGCCUACUGGACGGACGUCCACCUCCUCAAUCGGCGGCGGUAG